AGAGAGAGGGAGGCAGAUGGAUGUAUAUAUAUUUUUGGGAGAUAAAUAAAUUCAGUGUGUAGACAUAUGUUUUAAUGUCACUUUGUUUUAUUUGGCCACAUGUACUGAAUUCACGGAGACUCAGUCAGUUACCGCCGCUGCUUCAGCUCAGGAGGAAGUGCGGCUUCGCUGUCUCCCUCUCUCUUUCUCCCCCCUAAACCCCGCCUCCUCUCGGACGGACGUAACGCUGAUUGGUCAAAGCCUUCUAGCGGCAGCCGGCGGCGAGCCAUCCCAUUGGCUAAAAGCUGCUAAAGUGCACAGAUGAAAUGCAAAUCCACAGCUCUGCCAGUAAAAAGCCUGGCGCUGUCAGCCGGAAUGUCCAUUCAUCUGGAGGGAGGGGAAGGGAGAGAGACAUUGGAGGGGUGUAGAGAGAGAGUGCGGGUUGUGUGAAACCUCAGUCUGUCGGAAUCAGACAAAUUUACAUCAAAUUUACUUUUCGUGUUUCUUCCUACUUUGUCCGCUUCCUUUCACUUUUGAUGCCAGCCAUGCGUGAAGGCUUCAUUUCGGCUGCGAGGAGACAGAAGGAGCUUUGAAGACUUUUCAGAAUCCAUCCCAAGUCUGAGAGCGACUUUUACCCUGCGUGGAGAGCAGAGGAGAGACUCUCUAAACUGUUGGAAAUCUGCGUUUGAGUCCGUGCGGUCACGGGCUCUUUUUUUUUUGUUUUUUUUAUUUUAUUUUAUUUUUUUACGCACGAAGGCUGAAAUCCGGCGCGUCUGGACUGGAUAACGCGCCGCAGCAGCUGGGCGAUUUUUUUUAUUCUAUAUUUUAUGGACAGUUAACUAGAAGUCGACGAGGCGACAAAUCUACAGAAAACAAUCUGCUUCUUGUGGCGAAAACAAGAAAAGAAGUGGGAGGUUUAUAAGUGAAGAUCGGGGAAGUUGAGUAUCUGGACGCACAAAUGGUGUUUCUGUGGGACGCAAAAUACGACCCAGCCCCUGGCCGGCGUUACACUCCCCCCUCCACCACCCUCGCCUCUGGGGGGAAGAUGGCCGAGGCCCUGCCUUUAGGCGCCCAGGAGGCCGGAGGCGGGGCCGCUCUGAUGGGCAAGCUGCGCAUGGCCGACCGGGGCAUGGUGGAGGUAAUCUCAGAUCAUCCAGGAGAGCUGGUGAAGACGGACAGUCCUAACUUCCUCUGCUCUGUGCUGCCUACACACUGGAGGUGUAACAAGACUCUGCCCAUUGCUUUUAAGGUGGUUGCCCUGGGCGACAUCCCUGACGGCACCUUGGUGACGGUGAUGGCGGGGAACGACGAGAACUACUCAGCGGAGCUGCGCAACGCCACGGCCGCCAUCAAGAACCAGGUGGCCAGAUUCAACGACCUGCGCUUCGUCGGCCGCAGCGGAAGAGGGAAGAGUUUCACUCUGACCAUCACAGUGUUCACCAACCCUCCUCAGGUAGCCACAUACCAAAGAGCCAUUAAAAUUACAGUGGAUGGUCCUAGAGAGCCUCGACGUCAUCGUCAGAAGAUGGACGAGGUCAAACCCGGCUCUCUGGCUUUCUCUGAGAGGCUAACGGAGCUGGAACAGCUGAGACGGAGCUCGAUGAGGGUGACGCCUCCUCACCAUCAUCACCAUCAGCCCUCGGCCAACACCCGCCAGUCUGCAGCACUCAACUCAGCCACAUUCUCCAGUCCCACACACACUCAGAUAACUGCCGAUUCCAGACAGAUGCAGUCAUCUCCAUCUUGGUCCUACGACCAAUCGUAUCCCUACCUUGGCCAAAUAACCACACCCACCGUCCACACGGCCAAUCCCCUCUCGCCUGGCCGCUCUUCACUCAGUGACUUGUCCUCACGGCUCACAGGUCCUGACCUCACAGCCUUUGGCGACCCCAGGAUGACCUUAGAGCGAUCAUUCAGCUCCCUCCCCUCUCUGCCUGACUCCCGCUUCUCUGACCCCCGGGUCCACUACCCUCCCACAGCGGCCGCCUUCACCUACACCCCUUCCCACAACCCUGUCUCCAACAGCGCCCUUGGGCUCACCAUGGCAACGGCCAUGGCGACCACCCCGGCGGGAAGGUACCACACCUACCUGCCUCCUCCCUACCCUGCCAACACUCCCCAUCAGGCUCAGAACGGGCCUUUCCAGUCCACCUCCUCGCCGUAUCACCUGUACUACUCCACCGCCGCUGGAUCGUACCAGUUCUCCAUGAUGGCCGGAGGAGGAGGAGGCGGCAGUGACUCGCGCUCCCCUCCGAGGAUCCUGCCACCAUGCACCAAUGCCUCCACAGGCUCCUCCCUCCUACACCCCUCUUUGCCAAAUCAGAACGAAGGGGUGGGUGUUGAGGUGGAGUCCAGCCACAGUAGCUCCCCGACAAACAUGGCGGCGGCUGAAGCUGUCUGGAGACCUUACUGAACUAGACCAGAUGGUAGAGGACAUUCUUAAUGAUGCGCAAUGGAUAUCACUUCCUGGUCAUAUGAUGGUGGACACUGAACAUCAUCAAACACAUAAAUACACACCAAUACAAAAUAUGAUAGACUGACAUGAGGGGCAACAAGUCAGUGUAAUAUCAAAAGUGAGUCAACCUACAACUUCCUAUCUUGGUUAAAGGAUGGUGUUAUUCCAUAUUUCUCUAAUUGUCAACAAAUCUCAUUACAGGACCAAAACCAACAAUAUAUUGUCACAAAUAUAUAGUUUCAUUUUUUAAAAAGGCGCGGUAAUUUAAAAUGUUAUUCAAACAGGAAGAAAUAGUGCAUUUGUUAGGGACUAUUUUCAGCGGUGGAUGAAUCCACAUUUGGUGCUUUUCUGAGUUUUUGAGCAGCAACAGGACGGUGUAUGUGGGACUGAGUCAGAAUAAACUAAUGAAGGAACAUGUCAGCCAGUGGAACUCACUGAUGUGUUUUUAAUAGUUUUGGACAAGAGUGAAGCUCUGUGACUCAGAGGAAUCAGACAUAUCUGGCUUUAGAAACACACAGCACCUGUUGGUAUUUACACUCCAAUAUGUUGUGGUUAUUGUUGACAGUAAGAAAAAUAUUGAAUUUAAAAAGAAUCUUCCUUCUAGGGAACAUAUAUAAUACAGGACAAAUUCUAGUCUAGAUAUGCGCUAUGUUUCUUAAUUGAAGAAAGAUUUCUAACAAGAUGAAUUCUUUUACAUGUCUUCAGUGUUUCGGUCUUCCAAAGCACAGAACAACUGCUAGCUAAUAGGCUGUGUUGUUAGUAAAAAUGUGUACUACUUUUUAUUUUAUUUAUACUUAUGCUUGGUUUCUGAUUUUUGGAAAACUUGAGUACUGUACAUCAUCACAUGACCAGGUACUGGAUGAGUGCGCCCAGGUUAACACUGGCUACUGACAAACAGUUGUCGGUCAAUGAAAAACAAGCAGAAUGGCUGACAGGUGCAUUGGCCUACAGACAGCGGUGAGUGGACUGACUCAGGUUAUAUUAUAACAUCCCAGUCUCACUGCAGGAUACAGAAAGAGAUACAUGAAGGAGAGUUUCUAUGAAAUGAAGGACUCAACUGGGGACAUAAACGGACAGAAGCAGGGUAACAUUUUGGUUUAACACUGACAAAGUGCAUGCAGCAGCACUGGACUGAUCUCAGCUUCCUUUGUAAAUUAUCAGGACUUUUUUCCUCAUAAAUGUUAUUGGUGUUGUGAAUAGACGAUUUGCUCAUCCCAAA